AUGAUUGAGACGCAUCAUCACAGUUCAUUCUACGGUAAAAAAAUUGACCCUACAGCUUUUCAUCAACUGAGUGAAUAUUCAUCCCCCGCACGCAAUUCACAUGAUGACAAACUCGAAAAUAAAGGAAAUGCCAUUGGCGCUGGUCGGACAGUCAUGAACAAAAGGCCACACGCGUCUCGGGAGGAAGGCAACCCUCGAAAAGAGAGGUCCCACCUAUCUCAUGCCCCGGAAGACGCUCAGAAGGCUACACGGCCAGCAGAUCACGAUGAAAAGGUGGCAUCGCCAACCGGUUAUCAACCCUGCAACUAUACUCAGUGGGAUGUUGACCUGCCGCCGAUAAAUAUGUCUUCUUCUGCUUAUAAAGAAGCCCUGCAUAUGGUUCAAAAACAUUUUACAGCUUGGCAACAUGAAGUUGCACUCUCUGGUGAGAUUCUUCUCGACAAGAUCAAUACCAGAGAGCAACGUCACGCGUUAAUUGAGGUCGCCAAGAGUUUUGGGUACAAUCCUUCUAAUCCAAGGGCCACAACAUGUAGUUUUGUUUACGUUAAAUAUACAAACCGGGUGUUUAUGCGCGCCACAGGGGAAAAGAUCCCGUAUAUCGCUUACGAAAUUGCGCGUGACCUGCAGCGUCUCGAACAGCAGCACCAAGCAUAUAUGGACUGGAGGCAUCAACAGCAAGAAAUGUUAGGGAAUGCAGGAAAUAAACCUCAAGUUGGGGAUCUAAUGCGUGCACCGGAAGGCGAAGGAGUUGGUGAGGGUGCUAAUAUGGGGUGUGCGGUCAAAUCCAAUGGGGGAAAAAUGGAGCAGCAGCAGCGACUGGUGUCCGCAGAAAGCUGCCCCAACUACCAGCAGCCUCUAUCGGCAUCUCAGAUACCUCAACCGUGCGUAUUGCGAUGGUGGUUUGUGGAUCGAUACGCCCACCGGGAUGUGAUGGAGAUCCUGCGGUUGUUGGCCUGCGAAAUUGGCGUCUUUCGCGGCGAGCCGUCGCGAUCGUUCGAUCAACUCCAACGAUGCAACGCCGAGGCGGCGAAGAAUCUGGAGAAUCCGAUGAUCUUCCGCGUCGAGGUCGCGCUGGAGUACCGGCCAAGCUGGGCAGGGGAGUUGGAGGCGCUGUUGAAGGAGCAGCCCGGGUCCGUGCGGGAUCCCUACCCCAUCUCCUACAUCCGUCGUGAUAACUUCGUGAUGCGGCAAUACCAACGCUACCUGCGGCCCUUCUUCUACGACUGGCGGCCGGUCGUCACGCGUUGUUUUGUGGAUCUCUUCCAAGGGCGAGAUUUCCGCGCCGGAUCGACCCCUUCCAACGUCGUUUCCAUGGGGACCGCCUUCUUCCUGCGGCAUGAGAUGGAUCCCAAAGGGCAGGUGUUCUACCGCCGAUGGGUGCGGCGCUCGCUGGAGCUGUUCGGGGCCUUCAGUCCGGAGCUGCGGCGGCAGGAUACCGAGAACGUCCGGGAGACCCUCCGUCGGCUUUAUCACGCGUCCUCGCCUGCUUCUGAAGAGGGCGGCCACCACGCGGAGGGUGGGAUCGAUCGGGAAGGGAUGUUGGAGCUUCUGAAACAAGCCAAAAACGCGACGCCGCACUUCGGAACGCUCAACCUGUGCAAUGAGUUUCACUACUUCAAAAAAGACCUCCCCGAGUUGCAAAAGUUCUCCGCCCGGUAUGGUUAUUUCCUUUACGUUCGUCAUGAUGAUAAGAUGGUGUACGUGGCGGCGACCGCGCGCGACUUGCCGGUGUUGCCGCCGCAGCGAUUUCAGCUUUUUUUUCUCCCCAACGGCGCCUACGUCGGGCCGCCCACCUUCCACACCUACGUCGACCUUCGGAUGGGGGAGGCCGAGGCGCCUUUCCCGCCCUCCCUCACGUCGUUAAUUGAAGGGGGCUUUGCUUCGGAAGGGAGGCGGCGACGCGCGCGCGAGCUGGUGCGUCGUGGGGGUUCCUUUUCGAGCCGCUCCGCGUCUUCCGAACGGGAAGGGGAGCGGCAUCGCUCACGGCGGCAGGGAGGGGGAGGUCGUGGACGCGCUCCUUCCUUGGCGAGCUCCCCUUCCCUCUCGCGAUCGCCUUCGGCGUCGUUUGGGGGGUCGCGGAGGGGGCGAUCGCGCUCCCCGGUGGGGGUGCCGUUGCCCCCGCCAACGCGGCAUCGCGGGCGAUCCGCCUCGCCGAAGGAUCGGGAAAAAAUAAAAGAAAUCGCCCCCCUCUCGCUUCAGCCGCGGCAACGACGCUACGCCGUUCCUUCCUCACUGCCCGCGAGUUCCCUCUACGACGUGAUGGUGGGCGCGAAUCAACGCCUCAGCCACAACCCCGGCUGCACGGUGGAAUCCCACCUGGUGGAGUGGGAGGAUACCGGGAGUGCGGCGCCCCCACCGCGGGUGCUUCAUUUCGCGCUCAACCAUCUCACGCGGGAGGCGCACAUUAUCGGGGGAUGA